UAUGCAGGAAAAUGAUGAAAUAUAUAAUCAUUUCAAUUACAAUAAUAAUGACUGCAUUGUGUGUAAGAAAAGUUACAGCAUUAGGAAAAUGUGAAAUCUCAAUAUUAACUUUGCGAUUUGUUGAGAAAUGUCCAGAAGAUAAGGAGUCGUGGGCAAGAGCAGCACAAAGAUUAAACUGUGAAUCUAUUUCUCAGUCCUGUGCAGAAUCUUUGAAACCCCCAUUCAGAAAUCAAAAUUACAUUUUCCAAUACCACUGUGUAAUAAACUCUUAUCGAAACGCAACAAUGGAAGUUUGUGCAUUAAAUCGUACAAUACUGGGUUUUUGCGCCGAGUUUAAUAUACAUGGAGCGGUCAUACAAGAUAAUUACGACGCAGACUGUAAACAGCAUACACGACCAUGUCCAUCAAGCUAUAAUUCUGCCGAGUCUUAUAAAUAUCCGUCCUGUUAUGAGAUGGCACAAAGAAACAGGAAAACAGGGACUGAAACAGAGGAAGACAAAAUUCAUUCAUCAGCAAGCUCGAUGACUGCUAUUGGUCUAUUUCUCUUUACGGUCUGUUUACUAAGAAGGACAAUGCUCUUUUGAGUCACUGGGUCGCCGGGUAUUUUUUUUUUUUUUUACAAAUUUAAAUGUUGCUGGUUCAACAGUCACUACACCAAGACGUUGAAGAUAAUUCCGUGCGUACAGUCAAAAGGAAGAGGUGUGUGUUCAUAAAAAUGAUAUUCCCCUGAAAACAGAUUAAAUGGAAUGAACAAUACAGAGGUUGCAUUUAUGUGUAAGAAUAGCCGUGCAUGUCGAGGGGUUUUAAAAUCCAAUCCAUAUUUAUUUACCACAUGUGGUUUUGUAUUAUAUGUAGAAAUGUUUGUUUUAUGAAUUCAGUCGAAGUCAAUAGUACAUACGGGUACAUUGUAUGUUUACAAUUAAAUUGAGAGGAAUAUAAUUUUGUGUUUUUUGAGUGGAAAUGCAAUAACCGUUGGUGUAAUAUAUGAGAUCUUGAACGGUUUUUACUGCAACAAUAAUGAAUAAGUACUCGUUAUUUGGGUUUUGUUUUAUGAUGAUCAUGUUUGCAUUUAUGUCAUUCAGGUUUUAAAUUUU